CCGCCUCGCGAUCUCCCCGCCUCCCAGCGGCGGCCUGGCCGAAACCAAACUGAGGGGUGGGCCGGCGAGGGGAGGGUGCUCCGCAGGCUCGUGCGGUACUGGCUCGGACCUCCGCUGCCUCAGGAUGUAAAGCGUCACAAAGGGGCCGGGGUCAGUAGCGUGGGUAUGUGAAGCACGUCGGCGCCCGUGCCCCUACCUCCCCCUGCAGCCGGCUCCGAUGUGGUCUGCUCCGUUCGCCGGGUGCGGAUUCGGGUUCCGGACCAAACGCUGCGUGUUCUUUGCCGCUUGUUGUGGCACGGUCAGGCCGUGGCCGUGGCUGUGACAGCUAAAGCAGGCUUGUCGCCAUGGAAGGGCCCAGGGCUGCUCCUCAGCAGUACUUGGGGCUGGUCCUGGAAGAGCUACGCAGGGUUGUGGCAGCAUUGCCUGAAGAUAUGAAACCAGGUCCUAAUCCUUUUGGUUUUCCAUGGGAAUUGGUGAUAUGUGCAGCUGUCGUUGGGUUUUUUGCUGUUCUUUUUGUUGUGUGGAGAAGUUUUCAAUCGGUAAGUAACCAACUCUUCUUUAUUAUCCUGCUCUACAUGGAUAUCCUUGUUAUGUGCAUUGCAAAUAUCCUACUCUCUGGAUUAAUUGAAGAAAAAUGUAAACUACUUGAAAAAUUUAGCCUUGUUCAAAAAGAGUAUGAAGGCUUAGAGUCAUCUUUAAAGGAUGCCAGCUUUGAGAAUGAGUCAACAGAAGCACAAAGUUUGGAGUUUGUUGAAGGAUCACAAAUAUCAGAGGCAACCUAUGAAAAGCUGAACAGGUUCAAAUCUAAACUUGAGGAUGAAAUAUGCUGUCUAGAAAAAGAAUUAAAAGAAGAGAAAUCUAAAUAUGCUGAACAAGAUGAAUUGAUGGCAGAUAUUUCAAAAACAAUACAGUCCCUCGAAGAUGAAUCGAAAUCCCUCAAAUCACAAGUAGCUGAAGCCAAAACAACUUUUAAGAUAUUUCAAAUGAAUGAAGAACGGCUUAAGAUAGCAAUAAAAGAUGCUUUGAAUGAAAAUUCCCAACUUCAGGAAAGCCAGAAACAGCUUUUACAAGAAGCUGAAGUAUGGAAAGAACAAGUGAGUGAACUUAAUAAACAGAAAGUAACAUUUGAAGACUCCAAAGUACAUGCAGAACAAGUUCUAAAUGAUAAAGAAAAUCACAUCAAGUCUCUGACUGAACGCUUGCUAAAGAUGAAAGAUUGGGCUGCUGUGCUUGGAGAAGACAUAAUGGAUGAUGAUAACUUGGAAUUAGAAAUGAAGAGUGAAUCAGAAAAUGGUGCUCACUUAGAUGAUCGGCCAAAAGGAACUUUGAAGAAACUGAUUCAUGCUGCUAAGUUAAAUGCUUCUUUAAAAACCCUGGAAGGAGAAAGAAACCAAAUUUACACUCAGUUAUCUGAAGUAGAUAAAACAAAGGAAGAACUUACAGAGCGUAUUAAAAAUCUUCAGACUGAACAAGCAUCUUUGCAGUCAGAAAAUGCACAGUUUGAAAGCGAGAAUCAGAAGCUUCAACAGAAACUUAAAGUAAUGACUGAACUGUAUCAAGAAAAUGAAAUGAAACUCCACAGGCAUUCCCCAUAUGGUCCCUCACCAUUGGGUCGGCCUUCAUCUGAAACGAGAGCUUUUCUCUCUCCUCCAACUUUGUUGGAGGGCCCACUCAGACUCUCACCUUUGCUUCCAGGGGGAGGAGGAAGAGGCUCAAGAGGCCCAGGGAAUCCUCUGGACCAUCAGAUUACCAACGAGAGAGGAGAAUCCAACUGUGAUAGGUUAACUGAUCCUCUUAGGGCACCUUCUGAUACUGGGUCCCUGUCACCUCCAUGGGAACAGGACCGUAGGAUGAUGAUUCCUCGGUCAGGCCAAACGUAUCCUGAUCCGGCUCUUCCUCCACAAAGACGAGACAGAUUUUAUUCUAAUUCUGGUAGACUAUCUGGACCAGCAGAACUCAGAAGUUUUAACAUGCCUUCUUUGGAUAAAAUGGAUGGGCCAGUAUCUUCAGAAAUGGGAUCCAGUAGAAAUGAUACCAAAGAUGAUCUUGGUAAUUUAAAUGUGCCCGAUUCAUCUCUCCCUGCUGAAAGUGAAGCAACUGGCCCUGGCUUUGUUCCUCCACCUCUUCCUCCAAUGAGAGGACCAUUGUUUCCAGUGGAUACAAGGGGCUCCUUCAUGAGAAGAGGACUUCCUUUUCCUCCACCUCCUCCAGGAAACAUGUAUGGAACUCCUCGAGGUUAUUUUUCACCAAGGGAUUUCCCUGGUAUACCACCUCCUCCAUUUGCAACAUUCUAUGAGUAUGCCAUUACUUUUCCAAAUUGGGAAGGCAGCCAGCCAGCCAUCAGUGGACUGUAA